AUGAUGCUCAAACUUGGUGUCGGCUCUUUCAACGGGUUCUUUUCUCGGAUUCUAUCAUUUCAAGUUCUGAUCACUAUGGCCAUGCCAUUCAACAUUGACAAUUCCAGCGACAGCCGCUCGGACAGUUGUGUUUGGGAGUUCAGCCCGACUAUUUGUGGCGAGGAUUCCUUUGGUUCUCAAGAUUCCGAUACGGGCAAUGCGCCACCCCUAGUGCAAACCAAUCUGCCAUGUCUGCUCUCCAACAGCUUGAUAGUCCUCCUGCUGUCCCUGAUCAGCAAGAGCCUGAACCCCGUUCGCUCAAGCGCUCCCGUUCCAGUGUACUAA